UACGUUUUUUUGUGACUAAGAUUUUAGCCAAUGAUUUUCUAAUGCCUCGAUACGCAGCGUCGAACUCAAAGCAUUCAGUUUACAUUUUCGGAAUAAGCUAACCAGUUACCCACCUGGAAGUACUUUGUCGUAGGAACAACUUUUUUUUUCUAAUUCCAAAACUGUCGUAUGGAAGGUUUAGGGGUACCUGCAAAAUCAAGGUAGCUACAGUAAUUGCUAACUAACGUUAGCUAGCUGAGCUACUCUAUUUGAUCUGAGCCACUAGUCUAUGACAAACAAUAGGCUACUUCAUGUACAGAUAAUUCAUGUAUUGCAUUCAAUGCGCCCUUGCAAGUGUCAUAUUUGCCGUCAAUAUAGACUUCAAUACAUAGCUAGUUAGCAAGAUGAUUUGGCUACUUGGUGGUACUCACUAUUCGUUUAUGUUAUGUGCCAAGUCUCAUUGGAUCUAACAUUACUGCAGUGAAAUGCAAGUUAAGAUUGUCAGGUAGCCUGAGGCUAGGGUGGACUCCCUUGGUCAGUUGGCAUAGGCCUAACAAUACACUUGGAAUCAACUGUAGUUACACCACUAUCUAAUAUUACAGAACGUAUUUCCUCAGAAUUUUCACUGUUAUAAAAAGGCUUUAUAAAAAUCAAUUUGAUUUAUAUGCUUAAGGAGAUAGGCCUGGACAGCUACUUUGACAUUACUAGGUCUAACCAAACUAUAUUUAAGUUGACCCUGGGUGUCACCCAGAUAGCUAGUUUAGUUGGUGUGAGAUGGAUGUAGAUAUAAAGCCAGAGGAGGAUGAGGUGGAGAUAUCCCCAGCUGUCAUUUUGUCUGACUCUUUUGAUGCAAGUUAUUCAUAUGCCGAAAAUGGAUAUGACACAGCAAAACAACAGCUUAUUUGUAAUCUGUUAGAAGAUACAAAAUCAAGUGAUAGGGAGAUUAAAAUGAAUUCAACAAAAGUUGGUACUCCACUUCAAACAGCAGUAAAUGUGGGUGGUAAAGGUGUUGUUCGUGUUCACACAGAACAGGAUAGACCAAGCACCCCUGUAGGGAAUUUAAUCAAAGAGGAGUCAUGUUUUUACAUGUCACCCAAUGAUAUUCAGAUUGGAAAAGUAUGUACCAUGUCUCGGUCUGUCCUGGUCAGCAACAUUAAACAGGAAAAUGUGAUGCCCUUUCCAGAGGAAGUGGUGAAAAACUGCUACCCCUUAUGCAAAGAAAUAGGUGUGGAAUUUGAUGUGAGAUCCAAACCGGCAUCCAAAACAAAACUUGACUCACAGUUACUGACUAAUGGCGUAAUGUAUGAGGUUCAUAAGUUUGCAAAAAAUACAAAAAGGAGUUAUAUGUAUACCGUCUAUAAUAUUCUGAAAUAUAAUUUUGAUGUACGUUUUCAAAAUCAGAAACGCUGUCAAAAUGCCAUACAUAUUGCAUCUAAACUCAAACGAAUGGCCAAACGGAAACAUGUCGCAGAUAAAGACUUUUCAAAAGAAGUGUUUAUAAUACCGCUUGUGACUAGACAAUACAAGAAAAAAGAAGCUAAUCCACCUGCAAGAUUGUCAAAAAGACAAUUGAAUUUGAAAGGGAUACAAGAGGCAGACGAUACAGAGGAGAAGAUGAACUCCCAGAAGAUGGUUAACAAGACCGGUUUGAAAUAUCUGAUCGCUGAUGCAAGGACUGCAUGGUCUCUGCAUGCUGAAGAGAUCAUCUCUAUCGAAACAGAUGAAACUGUCAAGCUUGGCCAAGAUAAUAGACCCACUGACUUCUGCUUAAAGGAGUCUGACGUUCACUCUGGGGUCACAGAGCAAACCCCAUACCCAGAGAACUACCAAGUUGACAUUUGCAGGAAAAUGAUCAAUGAAAUUGUUACGAGUGGUGAAAUGCAACAGAUGAGAUGGAUUUUUGUAACCUUUUCAAAGUGUUUUGGUGCUGGGACUGGUUCCGAAAAGAAAUUUGAACAAAUCCUCGCUGAAUACAGAUCAGACAUCCUACCACUGAUGGUUGAGAAACAUUGUGGCUUUAGUUCCACUGAAAAGACAAUGAUGUGCCUUGUAAGUCAGCUCUUCUGUGGCUUACAUUUGAUUGAUGGCUUUGCUCACCAGGCAAAAACAACUCUUCUACUUUGGGAAAAUAUGAUUUUAGGAGAUAAAGAAGUAGAAGUCCAUAGCUCCCCUAACAUUAGGACAACAGAGUUGGAGUCUGGAACAGUGCAUUUGGUGAGUUCUGUGAGUAUUGCUGUGCAAGAGCUUGGAUGGGCAGAGGACGGUCAGCUUGUUCCGUUCGAAACCUUUUUGACCAGCAAAAAAGAAUUUGAUGAAGUUCCUUUGUCUCUAUCCAUUGGACAUAGGAUUGAUGGUCUGUUUCAUAAUUCUGCUGGGGUGUAUAGCAUCCAUGAUGAUUUGGUUGAGUUUACCAGUACAUACGGAGCUGAGAGUAGUUUGCUUGCCACAGUUGUUGCUGAUUUGGAGGUUCAACAGUUCAAGGCCGGAUGCAGAGCUCUGGGUCUGGUUUCCAAGCUUAUCAUUGAUCCUCUCUGGAGAGCCUUAACUUUGAAGGGAAACGUGUUGGAGAUGGAAGAAAGAUACCAAACCCUUGUUACCAAACUCAAGGAAUGGCAGGAAGAUGGGAGAGGCCUUGUUAAAGGAAAUGCAUGCUUGUUUGAUGACAUUGAGGUACCCAAGAACCUUGUAUUUGACAGGCUUACCAUGUGGACCGACACUGACUUUUUUGAGUUGACUGUUCAGAUUGUUGAGUUGAUCCUAGCCAGUUUUCUGAAGGUAUGUUCUAUGAUGCGUCCAGUCGAUCCAGAGCUCCCGUCAAAGACAAAUGAUCGAUUCAGAAAGGAUUUGGCAAUAUUAGAUCAAUUGCAAAAAGCUAAGUCAAAUGCAGUCAGUAUUGCCAUUGAAGGCAUGGACAUGUGCAAGAAGAAUCACACUUGGGAAUGGCUGUCCUUUUUGGAUGAACCAAAAAUAGUGUCAAUGAGGAGAACAUUCCAGACAGUGUAGGCAAAGGAAGAAGAAAAGCUCUCUGCCACACCUGCAGAAGAAUGAAAAUUGUAAAGUAAUAGACAUGAAAGAUAUGUCUGUUUUUAAAUUUUAUUUUAUUGGUUUGGUACUUAUCUAUUUACUAGUAAACCACAUUACAGAACCUUUUAAUAGCAUGGCAUCUUUCAAAAAAUGCAUGAAUGGCUAUUUUUCUAGUGCCUUAGCUUUUGUGUUCAAAUAAACAGCAAUGCAACCUCAGAUGAGUUCAGACAAGUAGAUUAAAAGUAUAAUAUAGUUAGUUACAUUGUAUACCUAUUUUGUACUAUACUGUAUAGCCUAAAUAUGUUCAGACGUGGUGUCAGUAAAUGUUGAAUGUCGAAUAACGCUUAUCCAUUUGGUACCACAUGUGAAUGGUUCCACGUGCUUACCUGUUUUUAUAUUGUUUGAAAUCCAAUGUAGAGGUUUUUCACGAAGUGUGCUGUCAGGAAAAGUGUAGAGGCUUUGUCACAAUAGUUGAAUUUGCAGAUUCCCUUGGCCUUCUAUUCACUUUUAAUGCCUGGUCUUGUUUAUGAAAAAAAGAACAUGAUCAUUUUGAGAGGAGACCAGUUGUUAUUUUAGUGUUAUUAGCUUAUUUCUGGACCAUUUUUUUUGUUUGACCUUUGAAUUGCCUACUUGAAUGGUCAACUUAAAUAUAAACAAGAUAGAGAGCAGGGCUCUGAAAGUUGUCUACUUUUCCAUUGUCAAAACGAGUCAUGCUUUGUUUUAUUUUAUUUUUAAAUACAUUUUUAAAUCAUAUUUUGGUAAUCCGUUUUUGAGAGCCUGUUUUAUCUCUAUAUUUUUGUUGAUCAAGAUGUUUUCAUUAGGACAAAUGCACUGCAGUGCUUUUCUAUCUGCUGCAACAUUCAACGUUGCACAUUUCUGUAGACUUCAGGAAGAACAUGCUUUUAUAUAUAAACAUCAAAUAAUUUGCAAAAGGCCGAGUUCCAGGUUUGUGAUGUCCACCAUGAGAGAUUCUUAUUGAAGUUCAACCAGUGACUAUCCUCUGCUUGAAACAAUUACGGGAUGUGAAGUCUGAUUCUGUCCUCAACUUGUUGACCUGCUCUGAGGAUGUUGGACACCACUGUUGCACCUUCAGCCAUUACUUUUUUUCAUGUCAGUCGAUGGGCUGACUGACCUUAAGGCGCAGAAGGUGUUUUAAGGUAUCGGAGGAGGUCUGGUGCAGUGGGGUGUUCCAGGUCCGCAACACUUGAGGAGAAAACGUCUUAAUCAUGAUGGUAAGGUCCUCUGCUUGCCAUACUAGAGAGACACUCUGUUUCCGUCCUCAACUUGCGGACCUGCCCUGAGGAUGUUAUACACCACUGUUGCGCCUUCAGUCAUGUUGAUUUCCGACUGGUUGUCUUUGGACUACAUGCCAUGGGCUGACUGACCUGAACAGAAAUACAAUAUUCAUCACUUUCCUCAUAUUGGACUACUCUGAUUUAGUUAUGAGGUCACAGGAAAUAGACUCAUUACUCAUAAAUCAUUGCAGCUCACUUGACUGCAUCUGACAGUGGAUAGCAGAGCUCUCUGGUGUUUCACCAUUUGAAAUUAAACAACAAAAAUGUAAAUGACCAUUGUUUUACACUUCCGACAUAUCGCUGCAGUAAGAGUAGUAUUCUACCCGACUCAUAAACAACAUCCUUGAGUGUUUCGUUGAUUAAUGCAUCUUUAUAAGAUUGUAUUCAUUUUUUACCUGUAAAAAACCUGUAGACAUGCAUGAUUCUGUAAAUAUUUACAAGGAACAUAAAUCUCACUACUUGGUAUUUUUAUAUGGGGAUUGUGAAAAAUAUAUUUAAUGUAGUUUUGUAUGGUAAUUGUAAAUCAAAUUUGUUUUCAUUGGACUAGUCCAUAAGAUUUUUGUUAGGAUUUGUUUGUCUUCACCAACUGUUCUUAAUUAUGCAACCUUUUUUGUCCAAUUAUCUCCACGUAAUACAGCCAGCUUUUCCAUUCUUGGU